AUGGAAUGAAUCUUGAAUAUAUGGAAUGAAUCUUGAAUAUAUGGAAUGAAAGUCUGAAUAUAUGGAAUGAAUCUUGAAUAUAUGGAAUGAAUCUCUGAAUAUAUGGAAUGAAUCUCUGAAUAUAUGGAAUGAAUCUCUGAAUAUAUGGAAUGAAUCUCUGAAUAUAUGGAAUGAAUCUCUGAAUAUAUGGAAUGAAUCUCUGAAUAUAUGGAAUGAAUCUUGAAUAUAUGGAAUGAAUCUUGAAUAUAUGGAAUGAAAAAGUCUGAAUAUAUGGAAUGAAUCUUGAAUAUAUGGAAUGAAUCUUGAAUAUAUGGAAUGAAAGUCUGAAUAUAUGGAAUGAAAGUCUGAAUAUAUAGAUUCAAAACUCUGAAUAUAUGGAAUGAAUCUCUGAAUAUAUAGAAUGAAUCUCUGAAUAUAUGGAAUGAAUCUUGAAUAUAUGGAAUGAAUCUUGAAUAUAUGGAAUGAAAAAGUCUGAAUAUAUAGAUUAAAAACUCUGAAUAUAUGGAAUGAAUCUCUGAAUAUAUGGAAUGAAAGUCUGAAUAUAUGGAAUAAAAGUCUGAAUAUAUAGAUUCAAAACUCUGAACAUAUGGAAUGAAUCUCUGAAUAUAUGGAAUGAAAGUUUGAAUAUAUGGAAUGAAUCUCUGAAUAUAGAGAAUGAAAGUUGAAAAAACAAAACCAGGAUAAUCAAAUUUAGUGGAUUUCCUCUGCGUAGCUCAGUAGCAUCUUUAUUAACACAUCUUUGUAAUUUAACAGCAUACAAUAAAUACUCACAAAUGUCACACAUAAAUCACCAUUAUCCAUCAACACACAGUUCCGCACUUCCCUGUACAGUAUGCAGGGAUAGGCAGUAUUUUUGAUGCAUGUAUUUCAAAUACAAAAUAGUAUUUUCAGUGAUGAUUAAAAUCCUUUGUAUUUUGUAUCAAACUAUUUUAGUGUUUUGUAUUUUUUAAAUACUGUUAAAUACUUUGUAAGAAGUCUACACAAUGACAUCAUAGAAUGCGACCUCUGAUCAGUGCCUACUGAGAAGUCCCACAAACACACAAUCACAAACUUGACUGUUAGAGCUUACAUUUUUUAGAAUACCUGUUGUAUUAUUUUUAUAUUUAAGUAAAUGUUAUUCCUACACUAUGUGUCCUGUAUACUUAAAUGGCUUUCAAUAGAUUUGGUGGUUGGAGUUUGGUUAAUACUCCUUGACAAGUUCUGUUGCUACUUUUCAGAUUAAAUUUCUGGCUACAUUUAAAAUCUUGUAAAAUACCACCUACCGGCCCAACGACGGAUAGGUGAAGGGAUCUCUUGUUCUUUCCUUCCUUAGCGCUUCUACAAGAAUAAUUCCAUUUAUUAGGUUUCAAUUUAUUUAUUUGACCUCUGUGGUUAAAUUAUAAUCUGACUCCAAUUUAUAAAUUAUCAAUAUUAUUCUCAUGCUGAUCAUAAUUUAUAUUAAUAAUUUUAUUCUCUUAAUUAUUUAAAUUUAUAUAAAAAAUAAGAUGUACUCCUGAAGGUGUUCAGUUCCAUACAGCUGGGCGUAGAGGCAUUCUCCUUCUAACUUAAAUUAAAAUUAGAGGUUUCUCCAAAACACAUUGAAAAUAAGAGGAUCCAUCUAUAUUUUAGGUUGAGGCAAUUCUCCAUCCAACCUGUAAAGUGAGGCAAUUAUACACAUCAUAUUUUCAAUAGAGGUAAUUCUCCUAAUCUAAGCCACCUUCGGUAUAUUUAUCUUAACACAUAAAAUACAAUAAAAGACUUGACACAUUUUUUAAAUAAACAAAGAUUAACAAUUUAUUUUGCCAGGCAGGUCCCACGUAAAUCAAUUAUUUGGUUAUUCAAAUUUAACAAUUAAGAAGAUCAACAUAGAAAAUAAACAGUCACAAAGUAAAAUCAUACCUGGCAGUUAAAGACACACAAAGUGGUCUAGGAAGAUUCUUGCUAAAGAAUGCUUCCAUAAUGUUUGAAUACACACACAAAAAGUGUGGGGAAGAUUCUUGCUACAGAAUGCUUCCCAGGGUCUCUUGCCAAGCCACCUUAUAUACACAGAUGAGACAAGAAUGAUUAAAGUCCCAAAUCAGGAUUUGGUUGGUCAGGUUCUCGUGACCCUAAAAGGCACCAAAUGGGAUUGUUAACCAUCAGUUAUCUAUAUCUCUUCAGGAGGUGACACCCAUCACAGGAGUACAGUUUAUGUCAUUAGUUCUACACUUUGAUAUACUUUCUCUUAGAAUUAUAGAAAUUAGACAUGUUUAACCAUCGCACCAUCACCUUUAAAAUAAAACCACACAUGAAGAUGAAACCUUAGUAACAUCACAACAAAUAUACCCAAUGUAAUAUGUUUUUAGUAUUUACAGAACAAAACCUUAAGGGAGAAGAGAGGGAGAGAAAUACAGAUCAGUUCCUGGGUAGCCGUGACCCCAGAGACAACAGGUCUCUCAGAAAUAUACAGAAUGUGGUUUUAUUGUUUUAUGGUCCAGCUCCAAAAAUAAAUUAUUGUCCACCUGACCGAGCUACAAUCUAAACAUAUUGAUCAUGUAAUAAUUGUUGAAAUUAUAAAAUGUUUGUUUUCAACUGCUAAAUGGGUGUCAAAUGAUUUGAUAAAUAAUUCAUUUCUGAGUAUUGUACCCCUAGUUGAAGUAGCUGUUUAGUAGGAUCAUGGUAUUUUAGUGUGCCUGACACACAAUAUAUUAUUGUAUUUAUGAUAACAACCACAUGACUAAUUAGUUAGAAACUAGUUGCUAUGAAUACAGGUGCCAUCAGUUGUCUUCUUAUGAAUGCCUUGUUUGUCAGUGUUGCUAUUGCAAAGUAGUCCCUUUCGUUACCGGUUGCAUUUCAGAUUUUUGCAUUACUCAAUCAUCAAUGCAUUAGUCAAUUUAAUGGUGAGGCAAUAGAUCAAUUGUCCAACUGAUGGAAGGUUUGCAAAGAUGCUUCCUUGUAAAAGUAUUGUUUGUAUUUUCAAAAUACAGAAAUACAGUAGUUUAUUUUGUUGUGGCUGCUGUAUUUUGUAGUUUAUUUUGAUACAAUUAAAACUAAGGUAUUUGGUAUUUUAUUUUAAAAUACAUUUUGAUAUUUGCUCAACCCUGCCUGUUUGCUUCCAAUAAACAAUAAAAUGUUCCAAAUACUGUAUCUUCUUAAUGUUGCAAAAUACACAUUAAAAUUCCCUAAAUUAACCAGAUGUCUGAAUAUAUUGAAUGAAUCUCUGAAUAUAUUGAAUGAACGUUUGAAUAUAUUGAAUGAAUGAGAUGACGUCAUUAAAACGCCCUCUUGCGUUUGUCAGGUGUAAUUGAUUAUUCGGUACAGGUGUUUAUUCUGACAGAAACGCGUUAACGAUGAGUGAGUCUGCGCGAAAUCUGGUGGCAGCAAUUUUAAGUAAUGACGAGCUAAUUAACACCCUGGCGAAUGCUUGUACGGGCCAAAAUACUGGUAACCGUAUUCAAUACCGUUCUACCGAUGAAGAAGUUAAUUCACUGUUUCAUCGCGGAAGACCGAGUGCAGCUAACAUCACAGGCCAGGCAGUUCCUGCUUAUCAGACAAACAUUAACACAGAAAGAAACAUGCCUUCUACCUCACAAGGAUCACACACAGCAGCACCUAUUUACAAUCUUCGCCCGUUCACUCGAAAGGGCCCUAGACAGAAGAGGUAAGAAUAAUGCAUUUAAUUUGCUAAUCCCAUAUUUAUCAGGUUAUGUGUUUGAUAGGGGCAUCAUUUCAUAAGUAGUCAAUUUCAAUCUUUUAAAUUUAGGUUUAAAUAUUUAGAGCAGUAAAGAAGUUACACAAUUUAAUAACACUGUGGUAGGAUAACUGUUUACAUGAAACUUACUGUUAACACAGUAUAUAUUAAUCAGAAAAUGUAAUUUUAUACAGUGCAUGGAUAUACAUUUAAUAUAAAUGAAUAUAAUAUUUUUUUAAGGUUUCAGACACAAAGCAGUUUACGUUGUGUGGCUCAGUCUUUCACCAAAGAGGUAAUUCUCCUGCCAGACCAUACAUCGACACAUGUGCCAAGGCGUGCCAAGAAAGCUUGGCUUUUUGAGCACGGACAUAUAAAAUCUGCCUUGGAGUUUGAGUGUAACUGGGAUGCCGACAAAGUUAUGCAGGCAAUAACAACAGCCUUCCAGCCAAUUGUGGAGGGAUGCAGGUUACAAAUCUUGCUGCCAUGCCACAACAAACUAGUGGAGCCAUCCCUGACCUCCAAACAGGCUUUAGGUGGAGACCUUGUGAAAAAACUGUUUCAUAAGAAAUCCAUUUAUGUCAGGCCUGACAAGGUCAUUUUAACUGAGGAAAAAGAAUCUUCAUGUUCUGAUGGAGAUAGUAGCCAUACAAACAGCAAUGAUAUCAUAGAAAUAGCAGACCACGAUAUGUGUGUCCCUGGUAGUGUGCCUGACAAAGUUGUGGAGGCCCCAUCCCUUUCCACUAAUACCACUUCCAUCUCCGUUGGAGAUGAAGUUGUGUGGUGUAUAGCCACCCAAGAAAUUUGCACUGUUGCACCUAACAUCUCCGAUAAUAACCUCACCAUGUCUACUAGUACUGCUGUCAUUACAAUUGAUGAGACUCCUACCUUUUCCGGUGGAACUUCUGCCAUCUGCAGUGGCAACACCCACAGCUUGUCGAUUGGUCCAACUACUAGUGCAAAUAGACAAACAAGUUGCAUCUCUGCUAAUCACUCCACUGGGAUGUCCCAUGAACCCACCCAACCCAGUACAUCCAGCACAUCCUACAGCACAUACCUUGAUCUUUUUGAGGAAGAGUACAUCUCUGAUGACCCUGAUCUCCAGGAAGCCAUCUCAAGGUCCUUAGAGUCUAGCACAAGUGAGAGUGAUUUAAAGAUAACUUUUGAAAGAAUAAUGGAGACCAUUGCUUCUAGAGUAAAUACUGAUAGCAUUGUACGCUUCAACAUCAUAAGAAGAAAUGUAUGGGAUGGAGCAUCCAGAGCAAUGGGCAGAUCCAAUUUUUCACCUGAGAAGAAGGUAGAUGUUAAGUUUACUGAUGACUACGGAAUAUCUGAAGGAGCAGUGGACAAUGGAGGGCCUACUCGGGAGUUUUUCCGACUCUGUCUUCAUGAAAUCAAGGACAAAAUUGCCAUCUUUGAGGGACCACCUAAUUCUAAACUGCUUACAUGCAACUCCAAAGCAAUGAAAGACAAUACCUACUUCUAUGCUGGCCAAAUCAUGGCAAUGUCAAUUGCUCAUGGGGGACAGUCUCCAUGUUUCCUGUCUGAACUUUUAUAUGAGUGUCUUCAAAAGGGCCCAGACAAUGUGAAGGUCAAAAUUGAACAUAUUACUGAUGAAGAAACAAAGUCACAGCUCAAGUCGAUCUUACAGGCUGAGAAUGAAUUACAACUACACAAUGCACUAACACAGGCAGGCAACUUGAUCAGUCUUGCUGGUCACAAUGUUCGCGUAACACUGGAAAACAAACAAGAGACUGCUUUGGACCUGGCUCACUGGUAUGUCCUCCAACGAACUCGUGCACCCUUUGAAAGGUUCAGAGAUGGCUUAAUGUCUCUGGGUGUCCUAGAUGCUCUUCGGAGAUACCCUCUACAGUUGAAGUGUCUUUUUGUUAAGGGUGAAAAGGCCUUAACAGCAAUUGAUGUGGAGAAUCUCUUCCAUGUUAAAUAUUCCGAAAGAGGGAGUAAUGCAUUUCACGAAGAGAGCAGGACCCUGGCAUUCUGGCAAGACUAUCUUCAGGAUGCUGAAUUUGAAAACGAUGUCUCUCUGGAGGAUGUUCUUGUUUUCUGCACUGGAUGUGAUAGCAUUCCAGCACUGGGUUUCUCUCCAAAGCCAAGCCUUGAGUUUAUUACCAAUUCCCGAUUUCCAGUGGCAAAUACUUGUGAAAAUAUACUUCGCAUACCAGUUCAUGCAGUUUACACUACUUUCAAAUCCGACAUGGAUUUUGGAAUACGCAAUUCACCAGGAUUUGGAAGAGCGUGAGGGGUAAAAUUACUGAGGACUUUGACCUUGAGUUAUGCCUUGAUUAUGCUAUUGAUGUUAUUUCAUUUUGUUAUCUCCUAAUAUUAAAAUUCUGCAUUUUAUGGACCAAAACACAUUAAGAAGCAUACAGUUAAAAAAAAGUUCUUUGUUCUGUUUAAAGAUCCAUUUCAAGCCAUGGUUUUGUGCUCUAGUCCUCUAACCUGAACAGCCAUGCUGCCCUGCUCUAUUGCUCUGGCAGAUUGUUGUUUUUUUCUCUUUAAAGUGUCAUGCAUGGUCUU